CUCCCGCCAGGCAGGGCCGGCCCUGGGGGAGGAGAAAGAGGCCGGGCCGCCCGCCUUCCCCUUCCCCUUCCUUCCCCUUCCCGGCCUAAGCGGCUCCCCGGGGUGCGCGACCAGGCCUGCGGCAGAGGCGGCGGGAGGAGCACGGAGACCCAAACAGGGAGAGCCACACUGGAACCAGGAUGGGCAGCCCAGUACACCGUGUGUCCAUGGGGGAGACCUGGAGCAGGAAGAUGCACCCAGACAUAGAGAGUGAGAGGUCGGUGAGGCCUUUCAGCGUGGAGCAGCUCACCAACAUCCUGGAUGGAGGCGCCCAGAACACCGCUCUCCGCAGGGACGUCGAACGCAUCAUCCAGAGCGACCCGGAGCUUAGCCUGGAGGAUAAUUAUUUCAUGACCCAGAAUGAACGCUAUGAGGCUGCCGUGAAGAAGUCAUGCAUUGUACAGAUGCUGGCACAGAAGCUGGGCUGGUCCGAAGGUCUGGAAUUAAAAUAUGCAUACAGAGCCCUUUCUGGAGACAUGGUCUUCACCAUUCACAAAGUGUUCCAGAAGGCUCUAGAAAGCCUGGGAUCUGAUGAGCAGAUAGCGAAAUGGGGCCCGAUGUGCAACCGGUUCCAGAUCAUUUGCACCUAUGCCCAGACAGAAUUGGGCCACGGGACGUAUCUUCAGGGCCUGGAGACUGAAGCCACCUAUGAUGCUGCCACCCAGGAAUUCGUGAUGCACAGCCCCACUAUGACUGCCACCAAGUGGUGGCCUGGAGACUUGGGGCGAUCAGCCACCCACGCCCUGGUCCAGGCCCAGCUGAUCUGCUCAGGAGUCCGACAGGGCAUGCAUGCCUUCAUCGUGCCCAUUCGUAGCCUACAGGACCACAGCCCACUGCCAGGAGUCACUGUUGGAGACAUUGGGCCCAAGAUGAAUUUUGAACACAUGGACAAUGGCUUCUUGCGGUUGGACCAUGUGCGAAUCCCCAAGGAGAACAUGCUGAACCGCUUUGCACAGGUCUCUCCAGAUGGCACCUACAUCAAGCUGGGGACGCCUCAGAGCAACUACCUCUCCAUGGUGGUGGUGCGCGUGGAGCUGCUGCUGGGAGAGAUCGUCCCGCUGCUGCAGAAGGCCUGCUGCAUCGCCAUCCGCUACUCAGUCAUCCGCCGCCAGUCCCGUCUCCGGCCCAGUGACCCGGAAGCGAAAGUCCUAGACUACCAGACGCAACAGCAGAAACUCUUCCCUCCCCUGGCUUCUGCCUAUGCCUUCCAAUUCCUGGGACAGAACCUCCUGGAAUUUUUCCAUCACUCCUACAGUGCCAUUCUGGACAGAGACUUCACCCUCCUGCCUGAGCUCCAUGCACUAAGUUCGGGGAUGAAGGCCCUGCUGUCGGAGCUCUGUACGCAGGGGACAGAGACAUGCCGCAGGGCCUGCGGUGGACAUGGCUACUCCAUGCUGAGUGGCCUGCCAUCGCUAGUCACCAAGGUGACCGCCUCCUGCACCUAUGAGGGGGAGAAUACGGUGCUCUACCUACAGGUGGCCAGGUUCCUGGUGAAGACCUACCUGCAGGCUCAGGCCUCCCGAGGCGCCUCACCGCAAAUGUCUCUCCCUCAGUCUGUUGCCUAUCUGGCCACGCCUGGCCAGCCCAAGUGUCCAGCCCAGAGGGCAGCUGACUUCCUUUGUCCGGAGCUCUACACCACGGCUUGGGAACACGUGGCAGCUAGGCUCAUCAAGGACUCUGUGCAUCAUUUACAAACUCUGAUGCAGUCCGGAGUUGACAGGCAGGACGCCUGGAACCAAACCACCAUCAUACACCUCCAGGCCGCCAAGGCACACUGCUACUACAUCACAGUGAAGAGCUUUGCAGAAGCUCUGGAGAAACUAGAAAGGGAGCCAGCAAUCCGGCAGGCUGUCAAGCGCCUCUGCGACCUCUAUGCUUUACAAGGCAUCCUGGCCAGCACAGGUGACUUCCUCCACGACGGCUUCCUGACUGGGGCCCAGGCAGACAUGGCAAGGACAGCCUACAUGGACCUGCUCCCUCUCAUUCGGAAGGACGCCAUCUUGUUAACAGAUGCUUUUGACUUCACGGAUCAGAGUCUAAAUUCAGCACUUGGCUGUUAUGAUGGAAAUGUCUAUGAACGACUGUUCCAGUGGGCCCAGAGGUCACCAACCAACACUAAGGGGAACUCUGCCUAUGAGAAAUAUUUAAGACCACUAUUACAAAACUGGAGAUCCAAGUUAUGAAGCAAUUGACAGCAUUCAAGAUCCACCACUAUGUGAUGAUGGUACAAUGGCAGACAAGUCAUUAUCAAAAUUUCAAUGUAUGUAAUUAUA